UGCUCCCUCACAAUCAUGGCUGACGGUGUUGGAUCUUUCAGGUCAACACACUCAGCGCUGUUUGAUUACGUCAUUUCGGUGACACGUGAAUUGGCAUGGCAAGACUGCCAGGAACAAGUUGACAGGAAGAGAAUGUCUGGCGAUACACAGAAAGAACUAAGUGCGACGUUUGACUCCAACGGGGUGUCCGAAGAGAAGCAUGACAGUCCCGGCAGUGAAUCCGAAACUCUGUCCAAGCGGCAGAGGAAACGGCUUGCUAAAGCGCAACAGUGGGAGGAACAGAGAGAGCUCCGCAAGCGGAAGCGUAAGGAGAAGAAGCAGAAGAAACGUGAGGAGCGUCUGACACAGGGUGAUGAGGGGGCGGAGCUUACAAGCAGGAAACGCCUUUGCAGAGAGGCGGAGCCAAGCUCCCUAAGACUUGUGGUGGACUGCAGCUUCGACAGCCUCAUGGCUGUCAAGGACGUGAGGAAACUCCACAAGCAGAUCCAGAGGUGUUACGCAGAGAACAGACGCGCCUCUCAUCCUGUCCAGUUCUACCUGACCAGUCUCGGCGGACAGCUGAAGCAGAAUAUGGAUGACCGGGACCAAGGCUGGGUCAACUGGAAGGACAUCCACGUAAAGCCAGAGCACUUUCAGGAAGUGAUGCGUAAGGAGGAGCUGGUCUACCUCACCUCCGACUCGCCCAACAUGCUUAAGGAGCUGGAUGAGUCCAAAGCUUAUGUCAUUGGAGGUCUGGUGGACCACAACCACCACAAGGGAAUCACGUUUGAGCGUGCUCAGGAGCUGGGUAUCAACCACGCUCAAUUCCCACUGGGAGACUUUGUCAAGAUGAAUAGCCGCAAAGUACUCGCUGUCAACCAUGUGUUUGAGAUUGUGCUGGCGUACCUGGAGAAGCGGGACUGGCGUGAAGCCUUCUUCACCGUCCUCCCCCAAAGAAAGGGGGCGGUACCAGUGGAAGGGGAGGAGCCAGACACAGAUGAGGACACUCCCCCCAAACGGACCGACCAGGAGGAACAGGAUGUCAGCUCUGAUGGAGACUAGCAGAGCCAAUCGCUCAGAAGGGUGUAGACACCCAGGACCAAUCAGGUGACAAACUGAAAGAGACAGACACUCCGGUCAGCCAAUCAGAAGAGAAGCCUCAGGAACAGACUGCUGCCUAGACUAUGACUCUUUUUCUGUUGUUUUUCAAUUUGCUGGUCAAGAUAAAGCCUUUUAAGUUUGAUACGCUUUGAGUGGCCUGCCAUCACAGAGAUGAGUUGGAGCUUCAGCUGAUACUUGUUUUGUAUGGAUUGCAUUAAGGUCUGCAGACUUACUUACAUUAAGUAAGAAACUUGAGAGGUGAAAUAUAUGUUUUCUUUGAAAAUGUUUGUUUGUAGCUCAUCAUUAAAAUGGAUGUUUCCAGUCAAUUCUUCCAAUUUAAA